GGAGGGCGACGGCGAGGGGAGCUCCGUGGAACUGGCCGUGCCCCGCCGGGCUCCCCCCGCCCGUGCUCAUUUCCUGGGUGGAGCUGGGCUAGGCAGAGGCAAAAGCCUUUAAAACCCUCCAGCCCCAGCUCGCCGGAGCCAGCAGGUCCCAGCAAGCGCCGAGGAGCCGAGCGGGGAGCGGGUGGAAUCCGUCCGGCGGGCCUGGCCCCUGGCCAGCCCCACGUUUCCAUGAGCCCUGCGGGCCGCACGCCAGGCUGAGCCCCGCACGCCCGAGGAGUGGGCCGGGCCGGCGCGUGGCCCAUGGACCUGGCCGGCAGCCGGCGCCGUCGCUGGGGUUCCCUCCGGCUGCUGCGGGCCGGGAUCCCCGGGGCCAGGAGCUAGGCUGACCCCCCCGCCCCAGCCUCGGGCAGGCAGCUGCUUGUCGCCGCGGGGGCCCCCUGCCCGCCAUGGGGCCGCUCUUCCUCUUCCUGCUCGCCCUGGCGCGGCCCUGGGCGAGCCAGGCCCUGUCCACCUGCAAGACCAUCGACAUGGAGCUGGUGAAGCGGAAGCGGAUCGAGGCGAUUCGCGGGCAGAUCCUCAGCAAGCUGCGGCUGGACAGCCCGCCCCAGGUGGAGGGGGGGGACGCCGCCCUGCUCCGCCUGCCCGAGGAGGUGAUGUCGCUCUACAACAGCACCCGCGACAUGGCGCGGGACAUGGCCCGCCAGCAGGAGGCGGCGAAGCCGCGCGAGAGCCCCCAGGACGAGUACUACGCCAAGGAGGUGCACAAGUUCUCCAUGCUGCCGGUGAAGGACGCCAGCUACGCGCCCUGGGAGAAGACCAGCCAAAGCACCUUCUUCCUGUUCAACGCCUCGCAGGUGCGGGCGCAGAUCAGCAGCGAGGCCCUGCUGCACCGGGCCGAGCUGCGCAUGCUGCAGAAGCCGGGCACGGAGCAGCGGGUGGAGCUGUACCAGCACUACGGGAACGGGUCCUGGCGCUACCUGGACAGUCGCGCCGUGGGGCGGGCGCCGGAGGAGGACUGGUUGGCCUUCGACGUCACCGAAGUGGUUCGCCAGUGGCUGAGUGGCCAAGAGGUUCUGGAGAUCUUUAAACUCCGCGUUCACUGCUCCUGUGAGGACCCCUGUGAGGAACUGAAAGUGAUCAUAGACGGCUUCGACAAGAAGCGAGGGGACCUGGGCACCGUCUCCUCCACGGCCCAGAAGCUGCCGUAUGUGCUGGUGAUGUCCACGCCCCUGGAGCGCGCCAGCCACCUGCAGAGCUCGCGCCGUCGCCGGGCACUGGACACCGACUACUGCUUUGGGGCGGAGGAGAAGAAUUGCUGCGUGCGACCCCUCUUCAUCGACUUCCGCAAGGACCUGCAGUGGAAGUGGAUCCACGAGCCCAAGGGCUACAUGGCCAACUUCUGCAUGGGCCCCUGCCCCUACAUCUGGAGCUCCGACACCCAGUACAGCAAGGUCCUGGCCUUGUACAACCAGCACAACCCGGGCGCCUCGGCUGCGCCCUGCUGCGUCCCCCAGGCCCUGGCGCCUCUGCCCAUCGUCUACUACGUGGGGCGCAAGCCCAAGGUGGAGCAGCUCUCCAACAUGAUCGUCAGCUCCUGCAAGUGCAGCUGAUCGCCCCGGACACACGGACUCACUCCCCCUCCUCCACGAACGGGGCGGGGGGGCCUUAAACGGGGGGUUGGGACGCGUCGGAGUUUUUAUUAUUAUUAUUAAUUUUUUUUGUAAAUUUCCUCGGUGUUUUUGGGUAUAAAUUUUGAAUUAUUUGUAAUUUAAAAAAGAAAGAGAGAGAAUUAUUUAA